AUUUUUAGAACCCAUUAUUGAUGCGAUGAAGAUAUGCCUUGGUCAUCUAGACCUCUCAACUAUUUUUUAAAUCAAUCGACCGUUGCAUUCUGGAAUUCAAACAUCAGAGCAACUGUCGGCAAUGGCCUCCACGGUGAAGCUCUCCUCAUCUACCGGCGCAUGAAGCUUGCCGGUAUCCACCCUGAUCAUCUAACCUUCCCCUUUCUUCUCAAAGCCUGCGCUAAGCUUUCAAAUGUUGAUCUACCCCAAAUGAUCCAUACCCAUAUCCUCAAAUCUCCCUUCUCCUGCGAUGUCUUCGUUGCCACCGCAUUGGUCGAUUUAUACGCUAAAGCCCGGCUUCUGAAUCAUGCAGAGCAUGUGUUCGAUGAAAUGCCCCACAGAGAUGUCGUCGCUUGGAAUGCUAUUAUCAUUGGUUUGGCUGGAUAUAUGGGUUCGCAUGAAAGAGUCUUCUGUCUUUUUCAGAAAAUGAGAUUGGAUGAAAUAAAGCCUGAUUCGAUAACUAUCAUAAGCUUGGCUCAGUCUUGCGCUCAAAAACAAGAUGCAUUAGGCCUUCUGAGAGCUGUUCACUCCAUUGGAAUCAGAAUUGGCUUUGGAUAUAAUGUUUCUGUUUCCAAUACUUUGAUAGCAUCCUAUGCCAAAUGUGAGGAUUUGGGCUCAGCUGAAUCAGUAUUCAGAGAGAUUCCCCAAGAUACAAAGUCGGUUGUGUCGUGGAACUCCAUGAUUGCAGGCUUUGGAUAUCUUGGUUGGUCUUUUGAAGUUGCUUCUUACUUCAAAUGGAUGUGCCAAGAUGGCAUUCGGCCUGAUUUGAGCACCUUUCUUAGCUUGCUCUCGGCAUUUGGCCAUUCUGAAGAUUUAAUUCUUGGAAAGCUCAUUCAUUCUCUAGUCAUCAAAGUAGGGUUUGAUUUAGACAUCAGUGUUUCGAAUACUCUGAUUUCACUUUACUCCAAAUCCUGUGAUGUGAUAGCUGCAAGAUACUGUUUUGAUGGCAUGACUGACAGAAAUUGUGUAUCAUGGACUGCAAUCAUCAGUGGAUAUUGCAAAGCAGGUGAUAUCAUUGAGGUUAUAAAUUUGUUUCAUGAAAUGGAGAGCACAGGUGAGAGAGCUGAUGCCGUCACAGUGGUUGCCAUUCUGUCAGCUUGUAGCCUGACUGGCUUCGUUGAAUUUGGUAGAUCAAUGGAAAGUUAUGUGAUGUUGAAUAACAAGCUUAUGGAGAAUGUCAUGGUCUGUAAUGGACUAAUUGAUAUGUAUGCCAAAUGUGGAAGCAUUUCAGAUGCAAGAAGAGUUUUCGAGAGCAUGAAAGGGAGAAAUGUUGUUUCUUGGACAGCCUUAAUCGCCGGUUACGCCAUGAAUGGUGAUUUUGAAGAAGGUUUGAGACUCUUUUCCCUGAUGCUUGAGCAGAAGUUCAAGCCAAACCAUGUAACUUUCCUUUGUGUGCUUCAAGCAUGCACUCACGGAGGAUUACUUGAAAGAGGAAGGGAGUUGUUUGAUACGAUGACAAAGCGUUUUUCUGUCGAACCAAGAUUAGAACACUAUGCUUGUAUGGUUGAUCUACUUGGGAGGAGAGGGAAAGUAAUGGAGGCAUUGGAAUUUAUCAGGAAGAUGCCUAUUGAACCUGAUUGUGGUGUCUGGGGUGCUCUUCUUGGUUCUUGCAUUAUUCACCAGGAGACUGAAGUUGGUGAGUAUGCAGCAAGCCGUUUAUUUGAGUUGGAUUCAAAUGUUGCUGUCCCUUAUGUUGCAAUGGCUAACAUUUAUGCUUCGAAGGAGAGGUGGGAGGGUGUGGCGAAGGUAAGGGCGAUGAUGAGAAGGAAGGGGUUGAAGAAAUCAGGAGGUCAGAGUAUUGUACAGGUGAAUGGAAAGGGUCAUUCAUUCUUUGUAGAUGAUAGAGUUCACCCUGAAGGUUCUAUCGUAUAUGAAGUUUUAGAUAGCCUGGGUUUUCAUUUGAAAAUGGAACAAAAAAUGGAGGACUUAUUUUCAUUGUUGUAGCAUCAUUACGUCUUUGGUGAACAAGCUGAUAGCAACCAAAACGCAGGGCAACUUGAACUGUAAAGAUGAAUCUCAUUUUGAAAAUGGAAGCUCUAGCUAGUUAUUCUGCU